CUCCUACUUGAUGAUAUCAUCUUGUUAGGUAGAACAUGUAAUACUGCUUCUGUGCAAAGCUCUAGGUACCAGCCAAACUAUCGUCAUAGUUAUUCGGAUCUAAUUCCAUCUCGACUGGGACAUGAGGGGUUGGCCGGUUAUUGCGUUCUUUAGCUAUGUCCAAAUACUCUCUUGUAAUGGAAGUCAUGUUAAAGAUCAAAAUAAAAAUAAACUUCAUCAGCAACGCGCAAGCAACUGUAACUUCCCCUCCGAAGAUCAGCAUUCACCAGAUACGCCCGUCAUACGUCAAGCAACUAUCAAACCCUUUCCAUACUUACUUCGCUUCAGAAGGCUGCAUUUGUCCUGGUUUCUUCUCGCAGUAGUUCCUGCAACUGUCUUUCUAUUCAGUAUUUUCGGGUGCUCCCCAGGUUUCUCCAAUAUCGUUCCGUUACCACCGCAUCUACCACUGCUUCUCGUCAUGGUUCUAGGAAAGCGAAAGGCUGGGCUGCAAGGCGGCCGCGACACGACUGGUGCAGAACGGGCAAGAGGCAUUAUCGAAUCGCUGCACCGGAUCGAGGUUUGGGACCGUUUGAAGGAGCUCGAAUUCUACAUCCAUCUGUCCUCGCAUACCGAUCUGAAUCGAGAAGAGAGGGAUGCCAUCGCAGAUUGUCUGGAGUGCAAGUUUGCCCAAGGCGAUUUCGAUGGUCUACAGCGUGACUUCAUGGCAAAGCUGACCCAUUUGGAGAGGGUCGUUCGUGGUCGCUAUGACCACAUCGUCGAUUUUCUACGGCCCACGCGGGCGCCUUCCUUGAUCGAGACAACUAACUACGCUCUCCGUAACUUGGAUGCCACCAACGUCAAAUGCCUCAACGACUUGCUAAUUUACCAUAAUCCUGCUCGAGUAAUCCGAGUCCGCGACAGCAUAGUUAGCGCAUUCAAGAAAGAUAAAACCUUGACCUUUGAGCAGAUGCGAAACGCCACUCUAGACAUCCAGGAGUUUGUCUCGUAUUUGUUCCCAUGGAGACGCCAGCUCCUUUACCUGCACCUUCUGACAUCGAAGCACAAGCCACAUCCUGCAGAAGUGGCGUGGACACAGGACGCUCUCAUGUCUCCCGGGAUUGCACAGGCGGUCAGAGAUCGGAUGAACGACCGCCGGAGCACAAAUACUUCACCUGCUUUGCAAAAGCUCGGCACCACGAUUAAUCUCAUUAUUCAUCAAGUAACUUACCGUCAGCCUGGACUGAUGGCCGCUAGCUUGCGAGCAGAUGCGGCCGAACUAGACAAACAGGAAAUGGACCUACUGAUUGGACAAAUCAGGGAAGCACAGGAGCUUAUGAGAGGUCAAGACCAGGGAAAUUGAUCAAA